AUGGCGGGGUCCGUGGGUCGCGACCGCGCCUUGGAAGCAACCGCGGAGAGCGCUCAGCUUGUUGCGCAGCCAAACCCCGAGUAUGCGCCUCCGCGUUCCCAAGUGCAGGCUCGUCCUGCUGCGUCGGCGCCCGUGCGCCGUCUUGAGCGCGAGUUGUCUCUUCCACUGCGCGGGGCGGAUCGUCACGCGUCUCCUGAGCAAUCCCGUGCUCCCCUAGUCGUCGCGUCGAAUGCCUUGCCGGCGCGUCAGGAGCGGGGCCGGUCCCCGCCGCCUCGUGGAUAUCGACCCGCGUCCCCUGCGCGUCGCGCCCCCGAGCCGCAUGACUCUCGGCGGCGAUGGGACGAAUAUCAGCGGGAAAUUCAGCAUCGCGACCGCCGCUACCGCUCUUCUGAGAGGUCGCCGGAGAAGCGCUCACCGCGGGAGCGGUCCCCUCCGCAGCGGACGCCGCGGCCGUCGCCUCCGCGUCGGGGCCGCGGGGCUCAUGCGGGCCGUUGGGAUUCUCGCUGCCGUGAGCAGUCCCCGCCCCGUCCUCAGUCGGCUGGGUCUGGAGGGCGUCGUGGGCGGCGGAAUGGUUAUGCGCGCGGCGGGGGUAGUCGUGGCCAGGGCUCCACUGCUGACCGCGCGGGGAAUAUGGUGGCGGAUGCAGUGCGGGAGGUGGAAGCGUCGGGGGCAGCGGCUCACGUUCACGUGUCUGUGACCACUGAGCCCCCCACCGCACCUGUUGCGGUUGAAGCCGCUCCGCUGCGCGCUCCGACCUUGCGGGAGUACCUGCCAGCUGCAGCGGCGAGGGGGCCGUUCCGCGGACGCCGUCAAGCCCCAGGUUACCCUGCUCCUCAGAAUACGGUUGGCCAGACUCCGGGCCAGGUGGCGAUGUUUCUGCCGCGCGGAGUUCCGACUGCGCCUCUCCCAAGCCGCGCGGGGAGAGAUCCCACGCUGAGCAUGUGCCGGAUGUGGAAUUUGGCGGGGGCGGCUGAGGGGCUGGCGAGCCUGCAGCUGGCGGCGUGUGAGGCCAUGCGUCACACACCGAGCAGUUUUGCUCAAGGGCCCCAAGGACAGUGCGUCGCUUGGGCAGGAGAGAUUGUCCCCCUUUUAUCGCCCGUGUCGGAUGCGCCCGCCGGGGUAGCACCCUUAGCCCGUACCUUCCCCCGCCUCGCUCUUGAUCUUCACGCUGCGGCUCAGCACGGGACCCCUGUUGACACUCUUCGCUUCUCGGCGGAGCUUCUCCACUCGAUGGCGGGGUGUCUUCUCGCGAUGCUUGAGGCGGAGGGGGCUGGCCUGUCCAAUCACGUGCUGCCAUGUCGGCCGCCCGGCACAACAGUGGACAUCAAGAGGUCGUCUCACAAGAAGCUGAGCAAGUGGCUGCAUGCCAAGGCUAUUGAUGGGUUGAUAAGCGGCAAGGAGGACAAGCACCGAAAGGAGUUCAUCCUCUCCGCUGUCAACUACCGCCACCCGACCCUCAUUGCCUUCACGCCAGACAAGACAAACAAGCCCGCCCAGACCCCUGCUGCUGCAACCCAAGACACAUCCCCAGCCGCACCUGGAGCACGGACCACCACCGCCACCACCACCACAACCACCAGCAGCAGCGGUAGCGGCAGCAGCAGCAGUGGAGGGCUGACAGUAGAGGAGGUAUUCAAACCUACCCACCACGUGUCAGCCAUUUUCGAAGCCGUAGGGCUCGACCCACACGCCUACUACUCCCCCUCGGCUGCCCGCGAGGCUGCUCUCAACUACAUCUCUCUCCACUCCCUCACAAAGCCCUCCGACCCCUCUAUAGUCAUCCUCGACGCACCGCUCUGCGACGCACUGUACAAAGGCGCUAUAAAAAAGGGCGCCGCGUACCCCACGGAAUGCCACAAGCGGGACCUGGGUCCGACUAUAGUGAAGCGCAUGCAGGCGCAUCACAGGGUGGAGAGAGCUUCUAUAGGGAAAAGCAUCGUGCGCAAGGGAGGGUUAGUGCCGGUGCAGAUUCUGGUGGAGAGGCGGCAGGGCAACAAGAAGGUGACGCGCGUGUCGGGGCUGGAGGCUUAUCUGGUGGAGGCUGAGCCUCUCGCUGCUGAGCUGCAGAGGAAGUUUGCUUCGAGCACCUCAGUGGCUGAAGUGCCUGGUGGGUUUUGGGUUUAG